CGUUGUCAAACUAUAGACGCUCGGGAAGUAGCGCCUAUUAAGUCAAAUUCAGUAAUGUAUCAGCGUGAUCAUAGAGAAUCUAUCAUUGGAUAUCGUUCCAUUGCUGUACCAGGAGAAUUACAUGGUUAUUGGUCUGCGUUUACAAAGUUUGGUUCAUCUCGUGUAUCCUGGAAGAGGAUAUUUGAACCGGCUAUAAAACUGGCGAGGGAGGGAUUUCCUGUCUCAUCCAACUUGGCAAUGGUUUUGCAACAGAAAGAAAGUGACAUAAAUGAAGAUGAAGACAUGCGUCGCGUGUUCGUUGACAAGAAAACGGGUCGAGUCUACGAAGAGGGUGAUAUGAUGAAGCGGGAGCGUCUGGCAGAAUUGCUGGUUGAGUUGUCAGAUUCACAAAAUCCUGUUGAAUUGUUUUACAAAGGUGGGAUAGCGCAAACUUUGGCAGCUGAAAUUAGAGACAAUGGAGGAUAUAUUACAGUUGAAGAUUUCGAGCAAUACGAAUCAGUUUUGCAUGAAGCUCCGUUAGAAAGUGAGCUGCUUUCAGAGGAACUGGUUAUGUGUGGCCCACCGCCUCCAUCUUCAUUUGCCAUCACUCAAUCUAUCAUCGGCAUUAUGGCCCACUUUUACCGUAAUGAAGAGGCAAACUUGGACGAUCCACUAGUUUAUCAUCGACUGAUUGAAAUUGAGAAGUUUGCCUAUGCGCAGAGAACAAAACUGGGCAAGCUUGAUUAA